AUGACUGAAAAGCCGCUUCCGUUCAUAUACCAGUUCGCCGCCGGUGCGGUCGCCGGCGUCUCUGAGAUUCUGGUCAUGUACCCGCUGGAUGUCGUCAAGACUCGUGUGCAACUACAGACUGGCACGGCUACUGGCCCCGACUCGUACAACGGCAUGCUGGACUGCUUCCGGAAGAUCAUUCGUCAUGAAGGCUUCUCGCGGCUAUACCGUGGUAUCUCCGCCCCCAUUAUGAUGGAGGCACCGAAGCGUGCCACCAAGUUCGCGGCCAAUGAUGAGUGGGGGAAGUUCUACCGCAACCUCUUCGGCGCUACACACAUGACUCAGAGCCUGAGCGUGCUGACCGGUGCUACCGCCGGUGCUACCGAGAGCUUCGUCGUCGUCCCCUUUGAGCUUGUCAAGAUUCGCCUCCAGGACAAGGCGUCCAAGUACACCGGAAUGAUCGACGUCGUCACCAAGACGGUGCGCAACGAGGGCGUCCUGGCCAUGUACCAGGGCCUAGAGAGCACGCUCUGGCGCCACAUUCUCUGGAACGCUGGCUACUUUGGCUGCAUCUUCCAGGUUCGCCAGCUGCUGCCCAAGGCCGAGACCAAGCAGGGCCAGAUGGUGACCGACAUCACCGCCGGCAGGAUGUCCGUUGUCAAGAGCCGUAUUCAGAAUGCCACACGGGCGGCCGGCGUGACCCCCAAGUACAACUGGGCCUGGCCAUCUGUCGGUCUGGUCCUUAAGGAGGAGGGCUUCGGUGCCUUGUACAAGGGUUUCCUGCCCAAGGUUUUGCGUCUGGGCCCUGGAGGUGGCAUCCUCCUGGUCGUGUUCCAGGGCACUAUGGACUUCUUCCGCAAGAUGCGCGAGUCAAGUGCAUGA